CAAGUUCACCUUUUUCUUUAUUUCUUCAUUUUCUCCGUUGCGUUUUUUGCUUUUUGUCAUUUUCCACUUUCAAUGCAAGAAAAUCUUUUCAGAUGGUUAGCCAAAGACACCACCAUUGAAGCGUACCAUUCAUUUAGUUAUUUUCUUGAGGAAGAGGUGUAAGUGGUUUAACAAUAGAUGUACUUAUAAGAGUAUUUCAGUCUUUUUCCUUUUUAAGUGCCGGGUGCACCAUGCCCGAUGCACUUAGUAACAUCUUCUCUUUCUUCUUCAAUUUUCAGUUCCUCAUUUGCCGACUCUCUGUUUUCUUUUUUAUUUUAUUUUUAAAUAAAUAAAAAUAUCGCAACAAUAAAAUAGUAUAAAUCUGCCACAUCAGCCGCGGUUAACUGAUUGUCGCUACGGUGCGACUGUCGAACUAUGGGCACCGUUCACAAUAAACUUUUUCAGCCUUUCUAGUAACACAGUACACAUUUUAUUCAAACGCUUCUAGUAAUCUCUCUUUUAACUUUGAAGUUGAACGAUUCAGCAAAAGAAGUUAAAGAAAGAUAAACUGACAGACACGAGUGACUGCGUGAGAGAGACCCAAGUCCAACGCGCGGCGGCAACAACCCUCUGCAGCGGUAGUGGCGAAACCCAAAAGCGACGGUAACAGUGGCCAACCCAGAUACGACGGCGGCAAUAGCGGUGCGAGGUGGAGCUUACGCACUUUCUGUCUGUUUGAGAAGAGAGACCCAAGCUCUGUUCUUGACGCGUGAUGUCGUGCGAUUAUAUUAUAUGAUCCAACUCACGAUAUUAACAACCAUUAUAGUAAUCCAUUGAUUGAUCCAUGUAUUGUUUACGAUUAUUGAGGAGGAAGAAGCGAAGCCCUUUGUUAACCUCGUCCUUUGUUACACUAAGCAAGUAUGUUUCCUCACACACCCAUCAACAUGAGUUCAACAAUAAUAACGUCAUUGCCUCCAACAAGCUCAUCGCCAGCUACGUUCGGUGCGGUGACAUAGAUUCCGCUGUUCGUGUGUUUGAGGACAUGAAAGUGAAGUCCACGGUUACGUGGAACUCUAUCCUUGCCGCCUUUGCCAAGAAACCCGGCCAUUUCGAAUACGCUCGUCAACUGUUUGAGAAAAUUCCCCAACCAAACACUGUUUCGUAUAACAUCAUGUUGGCGUGUCAUUGGCACCAUUUGGGUGUCCAUGAUGCCCGUGGCUUCUUUGACAGCAUGCCUUUGAAGGAUGUUGCAUCGUGGAACACCAUGAUUUCCGCAUUGGCUCAGGUUGGACUCAUGGGUGAGGCUCGGAGGUUGUUCUCGGCAAUGCCGGAGAAAAACUGUGUGUCGUGGAGUGCCAUGGUGUCUGGAUAUGUAGCUUGUGGGGACUUGGAUGCUGCUGUGGAGUGUUUUUAUGCUGCGCCUAUGAGGAGUGUGAUCACGUGGACUGCCAUGAUCACUGGGUACAUGAAGUUUGGGAGGGUUGAAUUAGCAGAAAGAUUGUUUCAGGAAAUGUCAAUGAGGACAUUGGUGACAUGGAAUGCUAUGAUUGCUGGGUAUGUUGAGAAUGGGAGGGCAGAGGAUGGGUUAAGGCUAUUCAGGACAAUGUUAGAAACUGGGGUUAAGCCUAAUGCUUUGAGCUUGACUAGUGUCUUGUUGGGUUGUAGUAAUUUGUCAGCAUUGCAGUUGGGUAAGCAGGUUCAUCAGUUAGUUUGUAAAUGUCCUUUGAGUAGUGAUACGACAGCUGGGACUUCAUUGGUUAGCAUGUAUUCCAAGUGUGGGGAUCUAAAGGAUGCCUGGGAGUUAUUCAUCCAGAUUCCACGGAAAGAUGUAGUGUGCUGGAAUGCAAUGAUUUCUGGAUAUGCUCAACAUGGGGCUGGCAAAAAAGCUCUUCGUUUGUUUGAUGAGAUGAAAAAGGAAGGCUUGAAGCCAGAUUGGAUUACUUUUGUUGCAGUAUUGUUAGCUUGUAACCACGCAGGAUUGGUGGAUCUUGGUGUCCAAUAUUUUAACACAAUGAGAAGGGAUUUUGGAAUUGAAACUAAGCCAGAACACUAUGCAUGCAUGGUUGACCUUCUUGGUCGAGCUGGAAAGUUAUCUGAGGCUGUGGAUUUGAUAAAAAGUAUGCCAUUUAAGCCCCAUCCUGCCAUUUAUGGAACACUUCUGGGUGCUUGUAGGAUCCAUAAAAACUUAAACUUGGCCGAAUUUGCUGCCAAGAAUCUGCUUGAGCUUGAUCCAACUAUUGCAACUGGAUAUGUUCAAUUGGCUAAUGUUUAUGCAGCACAAAACAGAUGGGACCAUGUUGCUAGUAUCCGAAGAUCAAUGAAAGACAAUAAUGUAGUGAAGAUACCUGGAUAUAGUUGGAUUGAAAUAAACAGUGUGGUGCAUGGGUUUAGAUCAAGUGAUAGAUUGCACCCUGAAUUGGCUUCUAUACAUGAGAAACUAAAAGACUUGGAGAAGAAAAUGAAGUUGGCUGGUUAUGUGCCUGAUCUUGAAUUUGUGUUGCAUGAUGUGGGAGAGGAGCUGAAAGAACAGCUUCUUUUAUGGCAUAGUGAGAAGCUGGCAAUUGCAUUUGGCCUUUUAAAGGUACCAUUAGGGGUUCCAAUCCGGGUGUUCAAAAACUUGAGAGUCUGUGGAGAUUGCCACUCUGCAACCAAGUACAUCUCAACUAUAGAAGGAAGAGAAAUCAUAGUUAGAGAUACAACUAGGUUUCAUCAUUUCAAGGAUGGGUUCUGCUCCUGCAGAGAUUACUGGUAAGCUUGAUAAUGUGCAAUCAACACAAUGCCUAUUGAAUUGAAGGGAAUACUGUGCUAGAGAUUAAAAAAAGUGGGCUUAAUUGCUCUAGCAUCGCAUUAAAUUUCCGGUUGAACGAAUUGGAUGUGAUACUGGGAAUUAACUGCCAAGUCCUUUUACCCACACCUAAGUUGUUAGCAGACUUAUUGACACCUUGUAAGAUCCACAGGUGACAGACAGUGACCAAGAGAAAGCUUUCGAAAAUGCAGCCUCAAGAAAGGAAAAACGACUCAUUAACUUCCAAAACAAAAGCUACAUGGGUUGUGUAGUGGAGUUCAACAAUAGUUAUUUGGAAACUGAUUCAUAUGUGGCCUGCAUUAGCAAGGAAUGCUGGAAACAACCAACCUAUGAUCUUCUCGUUGAACAUUGAAUAGUUGAAUUGGGGGAUUUUGUAAUGCUAUAUGAGGCAGUCCUACCCUGAGUUGAUUUUAAUUAUAAUUGUUUAAUUUAUUGAUAUUGUUAUUUUAAUUUUAAAAACUGAUCAUUAUUGUAAAGUGGAUGGCUCAAUUACAACUAGCUGUGGAGAACUUUACAGGGACCACUAUGAGCAAUGAAAGGGUGAUUUUUCCCACAAUCUUGGCACAACUGAUAUUUUAACUCGGCUGUUGCAUCUGCAUUUCAAUUGGCCUGGGAAUACCAGUAGUCCAGUACAUUAGAGUGAGUUUUGAGUGUUUCUAUUUGCUGCUACAUGAUAUUGUUGGGUUUCAACCCCUUGUUUAGUUGGUGGUAGUCUGUGCCCUUAAGCCCUCCCUUAAAAAAAUGCUGAUCGUUGAUUGGGAUGGGAAACAUGCUCAUAGUGUCUCUCAAAUGUUCGAUCUCGUUCACAAAAUUUUGGCCUAAAUAUUACUUAUUCAAAUGACAGAGAAAUAUAUAUGCGGACAUCCUGCAGGAAAUACCUGGAAAGUGGUUUCUGUUGUUACUGCAAGAAAGAAGCUGGUAUUCCUAAAAAAAUUAUUGAUGACAUCCCUGGUUUGAGACCUUCUACAUUUCCUAAGCAGAAAAUAUAAUUGGCAGUUGACAAAUCCUUUGCAUGAAAAGAAAAGUUUGAAAGGAAGACUUUAUUCCAUUUUGUGCACACAGGAGUCUCAAUUAGAAAUGUGCACAAAUGAUUCAUAUGGACAAGGUGGCUAUGUAGUUAGAAACAGUGAGCCUUCUGCUAUGGAUGUUAAUGCCAUCAACAAGCAGCAGGAAACAGCCUUGGCUUUGGCAGAUAAACUGCCGUAUGCAGAAUAUGGUGCUAAGCAUGCCAGGCAUGUGGGCAAAGUAUCUAGCCUGGAUCCUAACAGUGGAUCUAACAUCCUACCUAGCCAUAAUCUUGUAUUCUUAGUACCCCUGGCACUUUUUCUAAUAUAUAUAUAUGAUAUUUUUGCUGAUAAAAAAAA